UCAGCAAUAGCUGGCUACAGUAUUUUGACUGACAACAUUCAGUACUGAAGUGAAAAUGUAAUGUAGCUUACUAUCCACUUGACGGAGGCAGAGAGCCUCUCUGACCAAAAAGAGAAAAGGGGAGUGUCAUUCGUGAAUAGCACCAUUGCUUCGUCGCGGCUAUAAUGACAAUUUAAACCAGCCAGCCACACGUCUUUUUAAUUUAAUGUAAAACAUUUAUAUUCGUCAAUAGCUACCUAGUUUUCGGGGGCAGCAAUGUCAAGCCGGAGGAGUGAAGCCCUGGCUUUCUCGCUAGUGACUGGUAUAAACCAUGCCAUGGCCAGGCUGGUGGACAUCUGGGAUAGCAUGGGCAUUAUGGAGGAGCAGAGGGUAGAGCGGAUGGAGACAGUGAAGAAACACAUUGAGGGCCUUUUGAAUGACAUGAUCACUGAGGAGGAAGCUUUGAAGCACCGCAUCCGAACCAAUAUCAUCACUUUUGAAAAACAGUUGGAUACCUUGUGUCUGGAAAUGUCAAUGGAUCCAUACAAAUUGGAGGAGGGUCUGACAGUCCUCCAGAUCGAGAAGAACCUGCGUCUGCGUAUGGAGGUUCUGGCCAAGGAGAAGGGGGACCGUUUGAAGGAGCUACACGGACUGCAGCAGCAGGAUAAGGAACUGUGCUUGGAGCUGUGCGUCACUCCCUAUUAUGUUCCCACAGGCAGCAUGCCCUCACGCACUCAGCUGCAGGAGCUCCGGGAGCACCUCAAGACCCUCAGUGAAGAAAAGAAGAGUCGUGCAAAGGUGUUCUCGGGGCUGCGUGAGGACAUCAGGAAGCUCAUGGAGGACAUGGGUCAUAAACCAGAAACCAGUCUGGAGAAGGAGUCGGUGUGUCACGGCGAGGAGAUAUUCCUGCUCACGCAUGAAAACAUCAAAGCCCUCCAACUGCUGUUGUCCCAGAUGAAGAUCAAGAAGGAAUCCCUGAUGAAUACUCUGGCUGAGCUGAAAGAACGAGCUAUGUGCCUGUGGAAUCGUCUGGAAGCACUGGAGCAAGAUCGCACUGCGUUCCAGGAGAGUGUGCAGGGUACACUUUCUGACCAAAUCACACAGUGGCAGGGGGAGGUGGACUGUCUGACAGUCCUGCAGAAAGCCAUGUUGGAGGAUGUGAUUGACAAGGUCCGACAGGAACUAGUGGCUCUCUGGGACAAGUGCAACCAGGGCCCUGAGCAGCGUGAACCCUUCAACGCCCACAUCUGUGACGAUGACUUCACAGAGGAAUUGUUGGCACUACAUGAUGCUGAGCUAUUGAAGGUGAAGAAUUACUAUGACCAGGCUAAACCCUUACUGGAGGUUCUGCAGAAAUGGGAGAAGUACUGGGCCCUCUUCCAGGACUUUGAGAAAAAGGCCAAUGAUCCAAACCGCUUCUCCAACAGAGGAGGAGCCCUUCUCAAAGAGGCCAAAGAGAAGGUCAAAGUUCAGAAGAUGUUGCCAAAGUUGGAGGAAGAGCUGAGGACUGGUGUUGAGAGCUGGGAGAAGGACCAGGGUUCUGCCUUCCUGGUCCAGGGCCAGAGAGUCAUGACCUACAUCUCCAGCCAAUGGGAGGAGCACAAACAGCAGAGGGGCAAGGAGAAGAGUGAACGUGCCAUUACAUCAAAGAAGGGGGAAAUGACAACUCUCUUCAAAACUCCCACGAAGAGGGCCCAUGGCGGAAUGAACACCCUCACCCCCAACAAGAUCAGGAAGCAGACUCCUGCCCAGCCUAUCAUGGUGCGCUCCGUCAGCUGCAGCUCAUCCAGCACCUUCAUCAGUGUGCCUAGCAGCAAGCCUCCUCUCUCCCAGGUUCAGAUGCAGAAAACCAAGUCCCUUGAGAGAAGCAACAGCAGCAGUAGACAGAGAACACCCCUGCAGGAGUACAACGGUACAGAGGGGAAAAAACCUGUUGACAUCAGCUACUCUGACUUCACUAACAGCACAAACUGGCUCUAACCAGAAUAGAAAGAGUGGGAGGCCCUGGUGCACAACUGAGCAAGAGGACAAGUACAUUAGAGUACUCCUGCACAAAUUCAUGUUCUCAUGACCUCCAUAUUAAAAUAGACACGACGAGCUGCUUAUAAUAAUAAGGCAGCUGUCGAUACUUUUGGCUACUCAUUCAUUGCAGCUACAGUUCUGGUUGUAGUGGGAGUAGAAGUAGGGUGAAGCGCAUUUUAUGUUUUGUAAAAGUGUUGAAUAAAAACGGUGACAGUGCUGAAUUAAAAACUUGAAGUAUGAACUCACUCAUGAAAGCAGCAGCUCUUUGCUGUGUUCUUUAAGUCUCUCUGGUCAUGGUUUUGAAAUUGAUUAAAUCUCAUGUAGUUUGGGGGUUGUGGAAGCUAUAGGCAUGGUGAUUUGAGGUAUUCAAUAGGCCAGCGCACUUGAUUUAGCUCUCUCAGGUCAGAGUUUGUUCCUUCAGACAAAUGAAAUGGUUCAAAAUGGGAGUACUUUGAUUAUCUGGCGCGCAGGGCUUCUGAAUCAAGUGCACCUACCGCCAGCAGCGAAAGAUGAAUAAAAUAAUAAUAGGCGCACAAGGCUUUAUCGAUCGCGAUCGACAGGUUUACUUCACUGUAAGACCAGCCUUAUAUGCUGUCACCUCAACUUUCAAUGUGUACUUCAAUAAUCCAUUCCAGACACAUGAACUUAUAGCAAAGAUUGACAGAUUUUUUUUUUUCCUGCGCAUUCUGCUUACUCCUCCAGAUUGCUUUUUUUUAUGGGGGUGGGGUGGGGGGUAUAUCAGUUACUAAAAUAUGUGUCUUUCAUU